AUGGAGAAAGAAAACUUGGGUGGGGAGAUAAUUGAAGAAUAUUGUAACACUACAAUGGAUUCCUCAGUGGGAAACAACAUGUAUGUAAACAAAGUGUGGGUUCAGUGUGAGAAUGAAAAUUGUUUGAAAUGGAGGCUGUUGUCAAGUGAGGAUGCAGCCAAAGUCAAUCACAGUGAACCAUGGUACUGCUUCAUGAACACUGACACAAGACACAAUAGGUGCUCUAUUUCUGAGGAAGACUUUCCCGAAGAGUCUCAGCUUCAUCAGAGUGGAUUUAAGAUUGUCUAUUCGCAGCUCCCUCUCGGAAGCCUGGUUUUGGUAAAAUUACGCAAUUGGCCAAGUUGGCCAGGGAUACUUUGCCCUGAUCCUUUUAAAGGGAAGUACGUGGCCUAUGACCUGGAUGGAAAUGUUGAACAGUAUCACAUAGAAUUCCUGGGUGAUCCCCAUUCAAGAUCAUGGAUAAAUGCAACAUUUGUUGGACAUUAUAGUAUCACACUAAAGCCAGGAAAAUGUAAGAAUAAAAAGAAGUGGUAUAAAAGUGCACUGCAAGAAGCAUACCUACUCUAUGGAUGUUCUCAUGAAGAAAGACUGGAAAAGUGUUACCUAUCAAAACAAGAUAAACCCAAAGCAGAUACCAAAGUUGCUGUGAUGGCCAAGAAAAGGAUGCAAGUUUCCAAAAAUAAUAUGGAAAAGAAAAAGCCCAAAUUUAGAAAAAGGAAAAGGAAAGCUAUUUUAAAAUGCUCUUUUGAAAAUGUUUGUUCAGAUGAUGCCUUAUCAAAGGAAAACAUGGUUGUCUCUGAGACAGAAAUUUUACUAAACGAGCUGGAGCAAAUGCUCCAGCAAGCACUGGAGCCCACAGCAACACCUGAGGAGUCUGAAGGAGAACGUGGAGAGGAAGGAAAUCCAGGAGAAAAGUUACCUAACUGCAGCCCUGAAGCUCCUGCAGGCAGCCCAUUUGAGAACUACUGUGAAGAGGACUAUCUUGUAAUUGAUGGACUAAAAUUAAAAGCUGGAGAAUGUAUUGAGAAUAUAACCAACAAGUUUAAAGAAAUAGAUGCUUUGAUGUCUGAGUUUUAG